CAGGGGAGGUAAGCUUUGAGAGUACUCUACUCUGGCGUACGUCGCAGAAAAUAAGUCGGUUGGUUGCUGUGACGAGCGUAGAAAAGUGUGGAGAGCUGAUGGAAUGUCAAUCCAUGUCGCGCCUCGGCAGGAGUGUGCUCAAUAGUGGGUGGGUGCGAAAAGGGGAAGAAGGACGUCGCGCACGACUUGUCCGAAUUCGUCCGAAUGCAUCACGUGAGCCGCCAAACGACGUGCAAUCCCAUGGACGUGACGAUGAGCUCGUAGGGGACUGAACAUGCGAUUUCGCUUCUCUGCCUUGAAAAGCCAGUCGGGAUCUGAUGUGCAGAUUGCAGCUCUAAACAUAUCGACUGUUCGCGUAUCUCUUGAUCCUGUGCGAUCUCGCCUGUGCAAUCGUUUUACCCACACAUUAGGCCGCUCGCGCUGCGCUGCGGCCAGCCGUCCGGCUUCCCCACAAGGUGGGAAAACAGACCAUCCGCUACAAAGAAACUUAGCGACAGAACCCGGAUUUUGCGUUCGUCUUCCAUCUGGCUCUCUCUGGAGCUUACGUGACAGACUGGGUGGACAUUAUCAACCAGCGAAGAGCAUGGAGGUUCUUCGUAACAGUUUCGAGGCUUUGCUUCCCAACAUUCAAGAAGCCGUUCAAGAAGCAGACUUCAUUGCUAUAGAUACCGAACUAUCUGGAAUUGGAACGGCAAGGCCUUAUCAGAUUGCUUUUCUUGAUACAGUCCAGGAACGCUACGAAAAAAUUCGACGGUCUGCACAGAACUUCCUAGUGAUUCAAUUUGGACUGUGUACUUUUACCUGGGACAGUGGAAGAAAAGUUUAUGUAGCGAAGCCGUUCAACUGCUACGUUUUCCCGCAGUCUGGUUCCCGUACCCUGGGCCUCGAUCGGCAAUACUCAUUUCAAAUAGGAUCGUUAGAAUUUUUGAGAGGAAACAAGUUUGACUUCAAUAAAUGGAUAUCACAGGGUAUUCCAUUUCUUAACCUUGAUGACGAAGCAGAAGCACGCCAAAAGAUUGGAGCAGUUGCGCAGGGCAAUGACAUCCCAAUAGAGGGUGCAAAUCGAGAAUUUAUGGAUUCCACGAUACAGGCGGUUCAGAACUGGUUGCAAAAUUCUUCCGAGAAGACUUUAGAGGUGGCAGCUCCCAGCUCUUUCCAUCGAAGACUGAUACAUCAAGAAAUCAAGAAGAGAUAUAAUUCGGCAUUAAGCACUGAGGGGACCGCCGGCUAUGUUACUAUCCGUAAGCUUACAAAUGAGGAGCGAAAAUCGGGGUCCAAUAAUAGAGUGGCGUACUUGGAGAAUGAGCUGGAACAGUUGAUCGGUUUCCGCAAAGUGAUCGAAGUGAUUAGCAGGUCCAAAAAACCUGUUAUCGGCCAUAACGUGAUGCUUGACUUAUGCCAAACCUAUGAGAAAUUUCACCGAUCAUUACCCGAGAAUGUGCAGGAAUUCAAGCAAGGGCUGCAUAAUCUAUUUCCUGUCAUAUACGACACGAAGUACAUCGCACAUUCAGAGUCUGAUGUACAGCCUUUUAUUAUGCAGUCCGCAUUGUCGGAUGUUCUUCGGAGAGUUUCUCUCAAACCGUUCACGUAUCCAACAAUCGUUGUGCAUCCCGACUUCACCGGAUAUGAAGAUGCUGAUAAUUUUCAUGAAGCUGGUUAUGAUGCUUAUGCAACGGGAGUGGUAUUUGUAAAGUUGAUGGGGCAAAUCGUAAAGAAUGAAGGAAAUCUGCCUCUAUCAUUCGACUCCCCCGCUUUCCAGCCUGCGCUCAAUAAGCUGCACAUUAUGCGAUCGGACAUACCCUACAUGAACAUAGUAGGGGAUGAAGAUAUCCCAGAUCGUUCACAUGUAUUCAAGGUCUAUGAUUUUCCGUCGGAUGUUACUUUAUCAGAUGUCCAAAGUGAAUUUAAGACACUGGGAUCAGUUGGAAUUAAUUUUAUUGACGACAACAGCUGUUUCUUGACGGUUCGAAACGGUGACAUGGUCAAAGAUGUUAUACCAACAUUUGGAGAAGUGGAGAACGCUAACGGUGAGGAGAGGGAGAGAAUGUUCUCUUACCGAAUCGAAACGUUUGCGGACCAUGCAGCUAGACAAGUUGCUCAGAAUGUUACUGAAGGUGGUGGUGUUGGAGCUCUACGUGCACCGCAUUCAACGGCUCUUAGACGGCAGCAAUAUCGCGAUUACACAACUCGUGCAGCGAAACGACCACGAGUCGAUCCAGAAGGAGAGGUUGCCGAGGGCUUAACUGCUGGAAGUUCGUCACAUAACUAUACUCGAAGUCCUGCUGAACAUUCAUUGGCGAAAGAAGAAAGGCGGAAACGUCGUGAGGAGCGUAGGCUCAAGAAGAUACAGCGAGACAAGGCUGUAGAAGCUGCAGCACGUUUGCAGGCACGGCAGGCUUCAAGUGGAUGUACCAUACAAUGACUUUAGAAUCUUCAAUGUAUAAAUCAGAAUUUUUGCUGUUUGCGAAUAAAAUGUCGCUUAACAAUC